UUUUUAUUUUUUAUUUCAGAAAUGGCGUCGGGAGAUGUGAGGGAUGAACUGGACUGCUCCAUCUGUCUGAACAUCUAUACGGAUCCCGUCACCCUGAGAUGCGGACACAACUUCUGCCGGCUCUGUAUUCACCAAGUGCUGGAUACACAGCAGCGCUGUGGAACGUACAACUGUCCGGAGUGCAGGGAGGAGUUUGGAGAGCGCCCGGCGUUGAGAAAGAACACGACUUUGAAUAACAUUGCACAACGCUUCCUCUCUACCGAGCCCAAGAGAGAAGAGAACCAAAUCUUGUGUACAAACUGCAUUCAUACUUCCGUAGCCGCUGUGAAAUCCUGUCUACUGUGUGAGUGUUCCCUAUGUGAAAACCACCUAAGAGUCCACAGCACCUCACCCGAGCACCUCUUCGUAGAGCCCACUGUUUCCUUCAAGAACAGAAAAUGUCCCAUACACAAGAAGGUUCUGGAGUAUUUCUGCACAGAGGACCGCGCCUAUAUUUGUGUUUCCUGCCGGCUGGAUGGAGAACACAAGAAACACAAAAUUAGUCUUUUGAAGGACGUCUCUGACAAGAAGAAGGAAAUCCUGAGAACCGUCCAGAAAAAACUGGUGUCCAAGCAGGAGAAGGUUGAGAAGAAACUCCAGAAACUAAAAGAGCACAGGAAAAAAAAUGAGGACAAAGUAGUGGUGGAAACGCGUAGAGUCGUGACCCUCUUCCAAGACAUCAAGAGACGGCUGGAGGAGCACGAGAAGAGCGUCCUGAGCGAGAUCUCCAGCCAGCGGGAACGGGUCUCGGCCUUCGUCUCUCAGGCGGUCAAGAAGCUUGAAAUCGAAGCGGAAGAGUUAUCCACAAAGAUGGAGCAGAUUGAAAGCCUGCUAAAAACGAUCGAUCCAUUCACCGUCUUACAAGAAGGACAAUCCCUCAUGCAUGAGACUCUCGCCACAAGGAAAAAGGACGAGGAGGACACAAAGCAGGACGAUCAAGUCCUCGGCAAUGAUCUGAGUGAAGGUCGUAUCUCGGAGACGCUGUAUGGCGGUCUGUCGGAUUUUGUAACGGGUGUGAAAAGGAUUUCUAGGCGGGAGACAACAGAAGUCCUACUGGACGUGAACACGGCUUGUGAGGACAUCGACAUAUCGAGUGACCUAAAGACUAUAUCCAAAUCAGAGAUGAAACUCUAUCACCCUCAGAGGUUCCAGUACUACCCACAGGUGAUGAGCGCCAACCGCUUCUCUUCAGGGCGCCAUUCGUGGGAAGUGGAGACCGGCGAUGUCGGAAACUGGAGGAUAGGCGUGUGUUACCCCACUAUAGACAGGAGCGGGGAUCACUCCUAUUUUGGAGACAACAACAAAUCCUGGUGUCUUCGUAGGUACAACGAGAGUCUGUAUUCUGUAAUCCAUGAUGGUAAAGAGGUCCCCUUGGCUGAAAAGGUCUCCGGUCAUCGAUUGAAGGUCUGUUUGGAUUACGAGCGCGGGGCCGUGUCCUUUUAUGAGCUGGGCGAGACGACUCGACACCUCCACACCUUUACCGACACCUUCGCCGAGCCCCUCCAUGCCGGCUUCUGUGUGUGGGAUGACUGGAUGAAAAUCGCAACGUAAAAGUUUGCAAGGGAUUGUUUUAUCGCCGUUUUUUUAUGCGAUAGUUUUACGUUUUUUGGGGGGG